UCUGCGAAUAAGGUAUUUGUGUAUUCCCACUGCCAGUGCAAAUUCAAAACAAUGGAAGAAGGUUAUUUUAUUUACCAUUUUUGAAGUUGUUAGUUGUUGUUUUGAAUGCAGGCCUUCAUGUUUAGAUGUCAUUACUGUCGACAGUACUGAACUUCUAAGUUCUUACAAAGCGCGUAUGUGAGUGUGUCAAAGCAGGACACAGCAAUGCCUAGGAAAUGCUGCAUAUGCAACACUUCAAAAGGUGUCAAAUACAAUGAGGUUCCAAGUAAUCCUACUCUGAGGGCCAAAUGGCUUUCCGUUAUCCCAAACAAGGAUAAUCUGGGAGAAAAUCCGGUAGUUUGUAACCUUCACUUUCAAGAGUCGGACUAUGACACAAAUUCCAAGUACCGACGACUGAAGCGAGGUGUUGUUCCAAUGGUAAUACCACACGAAGAAUUGGAUCAUGAACCUUAUGAAGAAGAAGGACAAAAGGAAAGGUACCUUCAUUUUUUUGGAACUCAGGUUAAAGAGAAGAAUGCUGAGUUGUUAGAGGUCAAGACACAGCUUCGAAAAGUAGAAGGUCAUUUGAAGCAUGUAACAAAACAUAAUGGAGGUAUAGAUGCACAGCUUGAAGCUUUAACUAAACUGCUUCAACAAUCUAAAGAAGAAAGUAAGAAGAAAACCUUAGACUUACAGAACUUAGAGACUGAAAUUAAAAUAUUGAAAGCUAUGUGUCAUCGACAAGAAAUGUCUCUCAAAAGUAAGGAUAAGCUAAUCCAAGAGCUAAAGGAGAAGCAAAAGGAGCUACAACGCAGUGUCAGGGAAUCAAAGAAAUCAAAGUCGCUGGAAGACAUUGAGCUGAAGAAGGGAAAGUCGAGUUUAGCAAAAGAUAGAAAUUUACAAAUGGCUAGAAUAAAAUUAAAUAAUGCAAAGGCUAGAAGUAUGUAUAUGGAAAAGAUACGUAGGCUCCAGAAGCAAUUAGACAUCUUGAAAGCAGAGAGAAAAGACUUAGAUGAAAAUGUUUACUACCAAAAUUUAGAAAAUUUGAUUAUUAAUAUGGACACUGACAGAAGAGCAGCAUUUGUCCUAGAUCAGGUUAAACUCUACAAUAAGAAAGUUCCUCGGUAUUCUGAUUUGACCCUCCAAGAAUGUAUAAUAUGGGAGGACACUGACCCCAGUGGAUAUGAAUAUGUACGAAGCAGUGAUCUUCUCACACUCCCGGCUCAAUGGACCAUGAAAAGACAUUUAGGUCCUAUGGAUUACGAUGAAGUAGCAACUAGUAAAACAGAUACUUUAAGUGCCAACUUUGAGGUGACCACAAUGUCGGAUGCUCCUGACUUACUUCAGUGUUAAUAAUAUGUAUGUAGUUCAAAUUUUGAGAAGAUUGCAAAGUGCUUCCUGAAAUCGGUCUUGACCCAGAGUCGAAAAGUGUCUUGAAAGUUUAAAAAAAUGUAAGAGAUCUGUCUGUAAACAAAUAAUUUGUGAAAAAAUGUGAUACAAAUAAAUGUUUAGUACCUAGUUA